AUGUCGCUGCCCGAGCCCCUGCGGAGGCGGCUGGGCUCCUUCAGCCGCACCGUCUUCACCGACAGCCACCGCACAGGCCCGCACUACCCGGGCGACCGCGCAGAUAAUGAAAUAGUUUCCAGUUUACCACUGCAGAUGUCCCUCUAUUUCAACGUUUAUUUUUUCCCACUUUGGUGGCUCAGCACUGUUGUCAUGCUCUAUCUGAAGUAUCCAAUCUUGUCAGAUUACUACAAGUUCAUCCUGGUCACGGUCAUGAUUCUAGCUUCUCUAAUAGAGGUCAUUCGACUCUACCUGGGAUACAUGGGCAAUCUGCAGGAGAAGGUCCCUGAGCUGGCUGGAUUUUGGCUCCUGAGUCUCCUCCUGCAGUUGCCUAUAAUUCUCUUCUUGCUAUUUAAUGAAGGUCUGAAAAUUCAGCCGCUGGAGCGAGCAGUCCAUAUCAUCUUUGCCCUCUUCCUCACCUUCCAAGUCAUUGCAGCCUUUGUCACCCUGAAAAGAAUGGUAAACAAACUGGCAACUCACUUCCGUCUUAAUGAAUUUGACCAGCUGGAGGAACAUCCUGGGCCCGAUUUUUACAGCCUGGGUAAAGAAGAGAGAGCAGUUUCCAUGGCUGGUAGGGGCCCACGCUGAGGAGGUUCACCCAACAAGUGCUGGCUGGGGCAGGGUGUCACACACUGAGGCCCUGAGAAACUAACAGAGGCAGGCCUCAUGUUGCUACAGCUCUGUUUCCAUUUUGUUGGGUCAUUCAAUACCUUUCCUACAUCAGAGACCUAAAAAAAUAGAUCUUGCCUGAGAGCCAAGAUUAAACCUCAGAGAUUUGAGCUCCACUCUGCAAGGAAAAAAAAGCCAAUUAGAUAACUGGCUUGAGUGGACUAUUCAUGGACUAUUCCUUCAGAGUACCAACAGAGUAGGUUUCAUGGGUUUUACAUUUUACAAAGUCAUGUGGCAUUUUGAAAAAAGCAG